CUCCUUCUCGUCAAACUUUGAAGCCAAAUUCUUGCUGUAGUAGUUCUUCUUCUCUUUUCCCUAACGAACACCAGCUUAGCUAUUAUGAUAACGAUUAUAUUUAGAUUAUAUUUAUUGGACUAGAUUUAGAUCAUCAAAAGAUUAGAUUUUGAUUGAGAUUAGAUUGAGGAAUUUUGAAGAAUGACAAUCUCAACGCUGAGUUCCACUCAGAAAUACGCAGCGGGAGCAGUUUUCGCCCUCGCCCUUCGUCAAGCCCAGAUUCACCAGUCUCAUCCCCUCGGAUUCGGCGGUGCUCGACGCCGCGACGAUGACCAAGACGACGAUGGUGAUCAAAACCCUGCUUCAAGCAGCAGCAGCAUCGAUUCUUCCCAUCUCUGGACCCACCCCUCUUGCGGCCUUCUUCGUCCCGUCUUCAGGUUUUUGGAGAUCGACGACAAGGCUUGGCCUGCCCUUGAGGAGACCGCGGCCUCCUCUGUAGUCAAGCAUCAUAUUGGGGCUUUCUUUAGGUUAAUUUUCGAAGAUAUUGAUGAAGAAAACAAAGAAUUUUCUAGAAGAUCUGAACAACAACAUGCUCUGGCCAAAGCCGUUGACGUCACGGUCAAGAGCUUCGAAGCCUCUUCUUCUUCAGUAAAGACCAAGAACAAGUAUCAUGAGCAAUCUCAGAAAUAUCAUCCUGAAACAACAAAUCGUAAUAGCAUAGCGCAUGAAAAUCCUCCCGAAAAUUUGGGGCUGGUGAAUUCCGAUUCAUUAGCUAGAACAGAGGAAGUUUCCGAUCAAAUCAGCGAGCUAGUGCAUGGCGAAACCUCUAUGGGUGUUGGUGAUCAAGUGAAGUAUCAGCGUAAAAUUUCAGUUCUUUUUGAGCUUCUUUCUGCAUGUGUGGCGGAUACACCAGAAGACAAAAGAAAAUCUUCUAGAGAUAGAAAGGGGUAUGAUGCUCGACAUAGGGUUGCUCUGCGAUUACUGGCAACAUGGUUGGAUGUUAAGUGGAUACAAAUGGAAGCAAUGGAGAUUAUGGUUGCUUGCUCCGCAAUGGCUGCAGCAAAAGGGGAAGAACAGUCACAAGAAAGUGAAUCGAAAAAAAGCAAAUGGGCUAAAUGGAAGCGUGGUGGGAUCAUUGGUGCAGCUGCACUUACGGGAGGAACGUUGCUGGCUAUUACUGGAGGUUUAGCUGCUCCAGCCAUUGCUGCAGGCUUCAGCGCUCUAGCUCCCACAUUAGGAACUCUGGUUCCUGUUAUUGGAGCAGGUGGAUUUGCUGCAGUAGCUAGUGCAGCAGGAUCAGUGGCUGGGUCUGUUGCUGUUGCGGCAUCAUUUGGAGCUGCUGGAGCUGGACUUUCUGGGACUAAAAUGGCUAGAAGAAUAGGCAGCAUUGAAGAAUUUGAAUUCAAACCUAUUGGAGAAAAUCAUAAUCAGGGUCAUCUUGCAGUUGGUAUCUUAAUUUCGGGUUUUGUUUUUAAUGACGAAGAUUUUAUAAAGCCUUGGGAAGAAUGUGAAGAUAACUUGGAGAGGUACUUCUUAUAUCUUUUACGGCAUGCAUAGCAUGACUUUUCGUUGGCAUCUCUCCUUAGAGCUGUGCCUUUGUAUCUUAUCUGUGUCAUAAUUUAGGGCUUUGGAUUCGGAGAUUAUUAUUAGAAUCUUAUUAUCUAUCAUAAUUUUCUUGUGAACUCAUCUCAUAUACAUUUCCUUAUGGGUCCAUGAAAAUCAUUUGGUGGCAUUCAGUAACAUAUCAUAGUAUGCACGGAUGUCAUCAUAUUGAAGAGUGCAGUAUUGUUAACCCAAGUAUCUAAUCAAAUUAUUAUGUAAGUGUUUUUAUUUAAUGCCAUAAAAUGAUUAAGAAACCAAUUAGUUUUAUAUUAAUUUUUGAAUAAAAUGUUACUUAAAAUUGACAAAAAUCUUGAAUUUCGAAUUCUUCAAAAUUCUUUAAAUUAAUUACGUAGACAUUUUAUCAAUCUAGAAAUCUCAAAAGAAUUGCAUAUGCCUUGGAAACUCAUUAAGAGUUGUUAUGUUGAACAACUAAUAUGCUGUUAACUUUUACGUAUAUUGUCUCAUGGUCAAGCAUUUUAUUGUACACAUUAAUUCUGACUGUUAUUGUCAGAUUAUCUAAUGCAAUGCUUGAGCAUUCAAGGAAAAAUUACAUUCAAGCCGUAUUGGUCAUCAUCUGUAUCAUGGCCUGAUAGUCCUUAAGGGUAGCAAUCUCAUCCAACUCACAGACCUAACUAGAACCUGACACAUAAGUAGUAAUAUUAGAAUUACUUAAUUUCCUUCAUGGCGUGUCAUAAGCUGCUCGUUCACAUAAAUCCAUUUGUUAAACACUCAGAUUAUGAUUGGCAUUUUAACCUAUCUAUGCAGGGUCACUCCGUUUUCCGUACUACAUUGUUGAUAUUACAGACAUUAUAUAGCCACCUCACUUAAGAGCUGUACACAAACCAGAUAUAAUGCUAACUAACCCAGUUAAUAGCUUAAGCUCAUGAUGUUUUGACUUGAAUAUGUUGCAUCAACACACUCUGGAGGCUCUUUGUCCUGACACAUGUCGGACACCUACAAGCAAGAUACUCGGGAGGCUCACUUUAGAGCUGUACACUAAUCCCUAAUUUUCGCUUCUUAGGGCCAAGACUUGAAAGCAACCACAAUUUAUGUUAAACUAGGUUUUAUGCUUGUGCAAUGCACAUGAUUAAAUAUCAUGAUUAAGUAUUUUUGAUUUAUUUCCUUACUAAAAUUUAUUUAUCGACUUCACUUUGAUGGUUUUUGCUCACUUAUAUCUCUAAAGUUUAACAUUGUGAUUAUUUAUUUUCUUUGAUGUUCGUUUAAAUGAGCUACAUCUAAUUUACAUUUUCAUGUUGAUAAUUGAGUUAACAGAAAAUAAAUAUAAUUUGAAGCCAGUUUGAAUUAUCAUGUUAUUUGGACCAACAUGAAAUCAAGAUUGACUUGAGAAAGUAUAGUGUUGCAAAAGUGCAAAACACUUGAAAAAAUAGCGCUAUAAAAAUGAAUAAUUAAAGCUAAGAAGACAAGAUGAUUGGUUAAAAGUGGGCUAAAACGACAUAGAAGAGAAUCUGGAGUUUGUUCCUAAUCCUUGAUAAACUUUAAAAAAAAUCAUAAAUUAAAGACUAAUGCUAACUCUUGUACACUUUUAUAUGACAAAAGCAUCAGCAUAAGCAUAUAAAAGGUACUAAAAGAGUUCAUGAAAAUCCUUUCUAAAUAUUCAUAAUUUACUUAAAAAAUAAACUAUUCUAUAAAUUAUACAGAAAACAAUGUCUUUCAUUAUUUCUGUUUCAUUUUUUAUUGAGUCAACAUCAAUUCUUCUUGACCUUUAUCUUUUUUGAAAAAAUUAGAUGACAUUUAGAUGCUGGAAAUGGAUAGUAAACCUUAAAUGGAAGUCUAAUUUAUAUAUAUUAAUGGAAGAAAAUCAAACAACUAUUCUUUUCUUUGCUAAGUUUUAAAAUUUUAGUCUUUGUUUGUGAUUUUGAAUUUUUGAGGGUGUGUUUUGCAUAUUUUGUAACUCUAGAAGUGUUGAAAAUUUUAAAUCUUAAGUUGGGUGCUUGUAAUGCUGGUGGUAAGUUUUCGAAUAUUGAGAUGUUUUUUACAACUGAAAUUUUAAGGAUGUUUUUUGUAAUUAUAAAAACUUUGGAUCGUUUUUUGUAAAAUUUAAAUUUUCAGCGGUCUACUGAUAAUUUCUAGAUUUGAUAUGUACUGGUUAUAGGUUUAAGAGUUCAAGUUUUUGCGUGAUUUUUAAUUUUUGAAGGAGUUUUGUAUAAUUUUUUAACUUCGAGGUUAUGUUUUAGAAAUUUUAAAUUUUUAGAUGCCUGAUAGUAAUCCCUUGAAUUCGUCUAUGUUGUUUGCAAGUUUUAAAAUUUCAGGGUGUUUUUUUUAUUAUUUGCUUUUUUGAGAGUGUUUCUACAAUUUUUGAAAUGUCAAGGGUAUUAAUUGCAGAUUUUAAAUUUUUCGGAGGCUGUUGCUAAUUUUUAUAUUUCAUUUUUUUUAUUUU